GUUAUAGUCCUACAGUCCAUUUGGUACGACACAACUCGAACUCAUUAGAUUAACGCGAUUAAGUUCUAUGUUCAAACACGGAUUCAGAUAGAUUGAUAGCCGAAACAAUUGAAAUCAUUUUGUUUGUUUUUUGCGCGACAUUUUUUCAACAUUGGAGAUAUUUUUCGUGCAAAACGAUUUGCAGUGAAACCUCCAAAGUGAGCAUUUUUUUUCGUUGCAAAAAUCAAUUGAAUUGGCAUUUCUCAGUACACCGUUUAUCAGAAAAGGGAUAAAACACCUCUUGAUGCGUAAUUUUGGUCAAUUCAAUUCAAGUUCUGUGUUAUUCUGAAAUCACAACGAAACCAUCAUUGCAUUGCAUUGGAAUUGUAGUGAGAAUAUCGAAUGAGAUUCAAGCAAAACGUUGAAAAUUGUUCACGGCGCAUAUUUUGCAUAUUGAGUGCCUUAGCCACAUUGACAUGGCAGGAGACACAUUUGAUACGUCUGUUUGCCCUGUGAUCAAUGAUUUUGUUGUUGUUUUUCAAUCUCUGUGGAAGUGUGUUGUGACAACAACACGAGGUCGAAUACGCAACAGAGCAUCACUCCAUUUUAACUUCAUCGUAUCAGGACCAGGAGGAUAUUGAACAAAUUCCAAAUUGAUUUGACAUUCAUUGAAGCGACGCCUCAUUUGAUUCUGUGUUUGAUUCUACCAAAAGUUUUCGAAGAACACUAAUAUCGAAUCUCACAUUUCAAACAACUAUCGAUUCAAUAAGUUUGUUCGUUUAGUGUUGCGUCACAGACAGUUCAAACAAAAUGCGUCGAGCUGCAUCAAAUUCGACGGCGCAGAAAGGCUUACGCCUAUUCAAAGAUUUCUUUGUUGAUUUGAUGAAAGACGACCAAUACGAUUGUUUGCAACUUGCUUAUGAUCCGGACACAGUUGGCUUGUAUGGUAUUGCAUUGAGACGUGACAGAUACAAGAGUAUCGACGAAUUUUUGACCGACAUCGAUCUGUUGGCCCAAAGAUACAUAAGAGGUUCCGAUAGAUACGAGGCAGCUCAAUUGUUCAAAGAAUCUUGCCGUGCAGAAGCCGACACCAUCAAAAAGUGCCCGGAUUGCUACGAAUCUUGGCUGAAUUGCAGCAAGAAUUUCUUCGAAUGCGUGUGCACCCAGCCUCAUUUAGUGGUCUUCGCUAAGGUAGAUGGCUUUCCAAUUUGGCCAGCCAAACUGACAGCGUUCAAUGAUGUCCUCAAAGAGGCCACCAUUGUAUGUUUCGGCGACCAUGAAGAAGCCGAAAUACCAUUCGCUAAGUGCUUCUUGUAUUCGAAGAAAAUUAAACGUGAAAAGGCGUUGAAUGCAAAGCAGAAAAUACAACUCGAUAAAGGCUACAAGGAAGUCAAGAGACACAUCAAAAACGUCGUUGAUAGAUUCGGUUCGUUCGUUCUGGCUCCAACUAAAAGAGCCAUAAGUGAUGUGAAACAGCAUUUGAUUGACAUGAUCCCGGGUGCUUACGCAUCAGAAGGGUCAAUGACAACCGAUAGGCAUCAACCAUGCGCAACGCCAGAUGAAGCUCGACGUUCGGCUGAUAGCACUGCUGAACAUUCUGCGAGUUAUUCAGCAUCGUCUGAAUGCGAUAUUGAUGACGCGGAUAUGCAUCUUCCAGGCAGCAUUGAUAUCAAAUCCGAAGAUUUGGACGAUCAACAUCAGCCAGAAGAUCUAUCAGCCCCAAACGAAUUGCCAAUCGAAAUGGAAAUCGCAGGAGUGGUCGAAAAUUAUUCACACCAUGACGAUGAACAAGAUAUUGGCGCAAACGAUGAUUACGGUGACAGUGGUCAUUUGGUCAUGAAUGGAAAUCUGCCGACUACUCCGCGUGCGGCUAGAGACGACUGUUCUUUCUUGCGGCAACAAUCCACACGACCAGCACGCGAGGUCAAAAGCGAAGAUGCAACCAUAAUCCAAAAUGGUCCAAAUCGUCGAAAGCGUCAAACUGACAAUUCUGCCAUGGUGAACAAGCGAAACGUUCCGGAACGAAACAAAAAGGCCAGAGCCGCUGGAACGGGCAAUUCAUCACAAGCGAAUGACGAAAAUGACGUGGUCAUACUAGAUGAUGACGAUGGUGAUGAUCAGAAGGAAUUGCUCAAGGAUUUAUGCGAAAUCUCGGUGAAAAUAGCUGACCACGAACGGGCCAUUCGAAGUCUGAAAGAGCAAAAAGAUCGCAUUACAAACCAAAUUCUUACCAGAUAAACGGAGCCAUCACGCGGUCAAACCAUCUCAAAGCGAAAGAAGCAGAGAUAUAUUACAUUAAUGAUAAAAUGAACAGAGACAAGCGAAGAAACCAUGUUACACAAAUGAUCGAUCCUAACCAAAUGUAAUUUGAAGAUUAAAACAAACAUUUUUUGUUGGUAAAUGAAUAAGUGAAAGAAUUUCAUUCCUAUUGAAUAAAUGAAAGCAAGCAAGCA